UAAAGCCGAGGAGGAGGAGGAAGCGGAAGAAGUUGUUUCCCCGGCGGAAAAGCGUUGCGGCCGUUCCCCGCCUGUUUCUGGGAAAAGCUGGCAGCCCCCAGCAGCCCCGCGAUGGAGGAGAGCAGCGGUUGCCGCCUGUCCGCCGAGUGCCUGGACGAGCCGCCCAACAGCCGCGUGUUUGUGGUGCUGAGCAAGGACACCGGGGAGGCGCUGAUUCGGGAGCGCUUCGCCCCCUUCGGGGACAUCCAGAACAUCUGGCUUCUGCGGGACAAGCGCACCAAUGAGUCCCGCGGCAUCGCCUUCAUCAAGUACGCCCGCAGCUCGCAGGCCUGCCGGGCCAUGGAGGAGAUGCACGGCCGUAGUCUGGCCCCUGACACCAAGCCCAUUAAGGUAUUUAUUGCGCAGUCAAGAGCUUCUGGAAGCCACCGAGAUGUUGAGGAUGAGGAGCUUACACGAAUCUUUGUUAUGAUACCUAAAUCCUAUACAGAGGAAGAUCUGCGAGAGAAGUUUAAGAUGUAUGGCGACAUUGAGUAUUGCAGCAUUAUUAAAAACAAGACUACUGGAGAAAGUAAAGGUUUGGGCUAUGUGAGGUAUUUAAAACCGUCGCAAGCUGCCCUAGCAAUUGAAGAGUGUGAUCGAAGCUACAGGGCCAUUUUGGCUGAACCUAAAAAUAAGUCGUCCGAGUCUCUUGAACACGAUUAUUAUAGUAAUAAUACAAGGCAAGAGCCAAGAGGAAAUCCACUUUCAUUUUGUGGGCACCCAGAGUUCUGUUGCUUUGAAAAAGAGUGCAGAAUUCAAGAGUCAGUCUCCAAACGUCUGUCAGUGGUAUCACGGCUUCCCUUUAUCCAAGAGCAGCUGUUUGCCCUCUUUGAUCUAGUUCCAGGACUGGAAUAUUGUGAUGUUCAGAGAGAUCCUCAUACCAACAGUGGGUAUGCUGUGAUUCAGUACAGUACCGCUGCAUCAGCUAUAUAUGCCAAGUAUAAAUUACAUGGGUUUGAGUAUCCUCCUGGAAAUCGAUUAACUGUCCUUUUCCUAGACGAUGGGAGUGAUAGCUCAGACCUCAUCAGAAAAAUGGCAACACAGCUGGUAACAGCACAUGUGUCAUCAGUGUUGCGGAAUAACAAUGCCGUUGUUCAGCAAUAUAGGACACCUCCUCAGGCAUUUGGGGGAACUUGUGGCUCACAGUUACUUCAGCCCCAAACAGAUGCCAUACUUCCACCACCCAAAAAAAAAGUUCCACCUGACACUUCUGUGAAGGAAAGGCUUUUCAUACUUUUUCAUCCCCAUCCUUUACCUAUAAAUGUAUUGGAGGAUGUGUUCUGUCGUUUUGGACAGUUGAUAAAAGUUUACCUUGUGGCUGGAAAAAAUGUGGGCUAUGCAAAAUUUGCAGACAGAGCAAGUGCCAGUGAUGCCAUAACUGCAUUACAUGGGAAGAUUGUGAAUGGUGUCAGGCUUAAAGUAAGGUUGGCAGACUCGCCUUCAGAAGAAUCUAACAAACGUCAGAGAACUUACUGAGAGAAACUAAAUAAUGACAUGACCCCCAGCUAGCUGACUGACUGACUGAAAACGUGACUAGACAUGGUUCCUGUGGACAGUUGGACAGUGACAGCUUUUUUGUUUUGUUUCUUAGUUGAUUUCUGUCUCUAUAUGUGUGGUACUUCCUGAUAUUGAAUAUGAAAACAUGCAGUUCUGAAAACUAUCUAGGCUUUAAAAAUUGUAAGCUGGUGGUUGUUCUUGUACUAGCCUAUAAUCUUGUAUUACAGAAAUAUUUCUCUUUUGUUUAUAACUGAAUUCCUCCUAUAAGAUGGAAAUUGCAAUGAAUGGAGUCAGCAUUUUGUGGCUUGACUGGUUAGUAAUUCAGAUAACUGUUAGAAGACAUUUUAACAGCCUCAAGCUGCACCGGCAGAGGUUUAGAUUAGAUAUUAGGAAAAAUUUCUUCACAGAGAGGGUGAUCAGACAUCGGAACAGGCUGCCCAGGGCAGUGGCGGAAUCACUGUCCCUGGAAGUGUUCAAAAACCAUGCAAAUGAGGCCCUCAGUGAUACAGUUUAAUGAUGGUCUUGUCAGUCCUGGAGUAAAGGUUGGACUUGAUGAUCUUGGAGGUCUUUUCCAGCCUACUCGAUUCUAUGAAAGCAUUCCUCAUGACUCAGAUGGCAUCAAAACGUGAAGUACAGCAGUAAAUUCAAAGAACAUAACUGUUUCAAAAAACUGAAGCCUGCUAGUGAACCUGACAGCAUUAAGCUAAAUUUAAGAAAAUAGCUGUAAUCAAGGAAAAAAUUCAAAUAUGUUCUUAAAUAUUUUGUUGAUUUGGGCCAAAAGUAUUUAUUAUGCUUUGCAUGCUGUUAAUGAAAAGGACAUUUGAGUGUGGGUCAGACUUCCAGAACUGCUUGCAUAUAUCCUUUAUUAUUCUGAGGUCUUCUUAUCACAGCUGUACAGAAAGUAUAGAGUCCAGGGGUGUGUUUUUGUUUUGAGGGGUUGGGUUUGGUUUUCUUUUGUCACCAGCUUUUUUGCUUUUCUUUUUUUAAGAAGCUUUCAGUACAUACGCUGUUUAUGUAAGGAUUGGGCCAUUCAAUAUUUUGGCAGGAUGAAGAGGAUUUCAGCAUUGAGGAAGCGUAAAUGAAGGUUGCUCGAAUAAGUAUUUGCACAGAUAACUUUCAAAUGCCAAACACUUUUCUCUGUAUUCCUAAAUACUACUUGUUGAAUUAAAAAUAUCCUGAUUAUUAAAAUAAUUUAUAUGGUUAAAAUUGAUAAA